AGUAGUACACGGCCCUCCAUUUAUUCCCUUUUUCUGUGGCCUAACCUUGUAUAUAAGCACACUCCCUGCAUGACAUGGCUCAUUAAUUACCUCACCAUUCCAUUCUCUGUCUCCAAAAUAUCCGAUUCUGAAGACCAUUACAAUUUUCUUAAGGCCAAAACAUGAGCCGACCAGGAGAUUGGAACUGCAGGUCAUGCCAGCACCUCAACUUCCAGAGGCGUGACUCAUGCCAACGUUGUGGAGAUGCCAAGUCCGGCGUAGACUUCGGGGGCUUCGGUGGAAGAGGAGGAGGAUCCUCGUUUGGGUUCAUGACUAACGGUUCAGAUGUUCGACCUGGUGACUGGUACUGCGCUGCUGGCAACUGUGGAGCCCACAAUUUUGCAAGCCGUUCCAGCUGCUUCAAAUGUGGUACUUUCAUGGAUGAUUCUGCCGCUGGAGGCGGUUGUGGAUUUGACUCUGACAUGUCACGCUCCCGGGGUUUUGGGUUAGGACUUGGAGGUGGUGGCGGCAUUGGUGAAGCAGGUGGUGGUCGACCUGGAUGGAAAUCUGGAGAUUGGAUUUGUACCAGGUUGGGGUGCAACGAGCACAACUUCGCUAGCAGAAUGGAAUGCUUUAGAUGCAAUGCCCCAAGAGACUCAUACUAGCUAGCUACACGUCUUAUCCAAUUUUGGGCAUAUUUUCUAAUGAGCAAGAGAGAUGAUAUAUGAUCGUCACCAGUUUUUCUGCCAGUGUUUCUGAGGUUCUAGCUAGGGUUUUACAUAUAUGCCUGGCAUUCUGUUAGCCAGGAUUUCCCAUAAAAAUUAAAUCACUGUACUUUGGUGCUUCUCUUUAAUUUAUCCAUUGCUGUCAUUUGUUACGUUUAUUUCAUCUACUGUACUAUUCCUGGUUUCUGAAUGAAUGAAUGAUAUGAUUCCUUGUU